AUGGAAAUCUCUAAAACCAGUGAAAUUUCAGUGGCAACAAAACCUGACUAUGAUAGAGUAAGCGAGCUGAAAGCUUUUGAUGAAACAAAAGAGGGUGUUAAAAGACUUGUUGAUGCUUCUAUCACAAGCAUCCCUCGCAUGUUCCAUCACGAAAUUGAUAAAGAUUCAGCUUCAUCUUCAUCUUCAAGUAGCACCACCAAACUUGUUGUUCCUUCUCUAAUAACAAAUGACAGAUUCAAAAGUGUUGAGCAUAGAGUAUUGGCAAACCGUGUAGGUCCAAGAGUAUCAAUUGCAAGCUUUUUUAGCACAAGUUUUCAACCAUCAACAAAACUUUAUGGUCCUAUAAAGGAAUUAGUAUCAGAAGAGAAUCCUCCAAAGUAUAAGGAAAUUACAGUUCAUGAUUACGUUGUCUUCUUCAUGGCAAGAGGCCUUGAUGGAACUUCUGCUUUGCCAUAUUUCACAAUUAGUUUUCUAUUUUGGCAACAUGUUAUAGAAUACUACAGUAUGUGUAUGUUGGUUUUACUGGUUCUUCACCGCUGCCGUGCGUUCAAGAGAAGCUUGACAGUGUAG